AUGUCAUCGCGUAAAGCCGCCAAAUAUAAUAACCAAGGGCAACGAUGCUGUCUGGAAGAUGGCUGUACCACGUGGCCAUCGUUCGGCAAAUAUGGCAGCAAGAGGGCAGAGUUCUGUUCCCAGCACGCGAAGCCAGGAAUGACUAACGUGAAACACAAGAGGUGCGGUCAUCCAGGGUGCACCAAACAUCCGUCAUACGGCAAAGCAGGCAGCAAGACGGCUGAGUUUUGUGCCCAGCGCGCCAAGUCAGGGAUGACAAACGUGAAAGACAAGAGGUGCGGUCAUCCAGACUGCACGAAGCAUCCGUCGUAUGGAAAAGCCGGCAGCAAGAAGCCGGAGUUCUGUGCCCAGCACGCAAAGCCAGGGAUGAUCCAUGUGUUGAGUAAGAAAUGCGGCCAUGCCGGGUGCACCAAACAGCCGUCAUACGGCAACACCGGCAGCAAGACGGCUGAGUUUUGUGCCCAGCACGCCAAGUCAGGGAUGACAAACGUGAAAGACAAGAGGUGCGGUCAUCCAGGUUGCAUGAAGCAUCCGUCGUAUGGAAAAGACGGUAGCAACAAGGCGGAGUUCUGUGCCCAGCACGGGCAACAGGGCAUGGUUGAUGUCAUGAAGCGGAGGUGCGGUCACGCAAGUUGCUCGAAGCAGCCGUCGUACGGUAACGACCGCAGCAAGAAGGCGGAGUACUGCUCUCAACACGCGCAGCCGGGCAUGGUCGAUGUCGUCAACAAGCGGUGCGGUUAUCCAGGUUGCGCGAAAGGGCCGUCGUUUGGAAAAGAAGGCAGCAAGAAGGCUGACUUCUGUGCCCAGCACGCGCAACAAGGCAUGACCAAUGUCGUCCGGAACAAGUGCGGUCAUCCAGGUUGCACGAAGACGCGGCACUAUGGAAAAAACGGCAGCAAGAAGGCAGAGUACUGUUCCCAGCACGCGCCGCAGGGCAUGGUCGAUGUCGUCAGCAACAGGUGCGGUCAUCCAGGUUGCACGAAGAGGUCGUCCUUCGGCCACGACCUCAGCAAGAAGCCGAAGUUCUGUGCCCAACAUGCUCAACAGGGCAUGGUCAAUGUUGUCGGCAAGAGGUGUGGCCAUGCAGGGUGCCCGAAGCGGCCGUCAUACGGCAAAGAUGGCAGCAAGAAGGCUGAGUUCUGUUCCCAGCACGCCAAGCCAGGUAUGACCAACGUGAAGGACAGGAGGUGCUGCCAUCCAGGUUGCACGAAGCACCCGUCGUAUGGCAAAGACGGCAGCAACAAGGCGGAGUUCUGUUCUCAACACAUGCAGCAGGGCAUGGUCGAUGUUACGAGCAGGAGGUGCCGUCAUCCAGGGUGCACAGCGAGGUCGUUCUAUGGCAAAGACGGCAGCAAAAAGGCGGAGUUCUGCUCUCAGCACAUGCAGCAGGACAUGGUUGAUGUCGUGAGCAAGAGGUGCUGCCAUCCAGGUUGCACGAAGCACCCGUCGUAUGGAAACGACCGCGGCAAGAAGGCCGAGUUCUGUUCCCAGCACGCCAAGCCAGGGAUGACCAACGUGAAGGACAGGAAGUGCUGCCAUCCAGGUUGCACGAAGCACCCGUCGUAUGGAAAAGACGGCAGCAAGAAGGCGGAGUUCUGUGCCCAGCACGCGCAGCAGGGCAUGGUCGAUGUUCGCAGUAGGAUGUGUGGUGACCCAGGUUGCAGGAAGUUGCCGUCGUUUGGAAUCGACGGGAGCAAGAAGGCGGAGUUCUGUGCCAAGCACGCCAAGCCAGGGAUGACCAACGUGAGGGACAGGAGAUGCUGCCAUGCAGGGUGCACCAAGCGUCCGUCGUUUGGAAAAGACGGCAGCAAGAAGGCUGAGUUCUGUGCCCAACACGCGCAGCAGGGCAUGGUCAAUGUCGUCCACAAGAGGUGCGGUCAUCCAGGGUGCACGAAGCAGCCGUCACACGGUAGAACCGGCAACGUGAAGGCGGAGUUCUGUUCUCAGCACAGCGAGCGAGGAAUGGUUAAUGUGCGACAUGGGUAACGCCAGGAGUAGCACUAAGACCUAUUGCCGCAUGUGUAGUCUCGUACCGUUCUGAAACGUCGUGGUUAGGUCCAUUGUGAUUGACCCCGCCAAGUAUGCGCUAGGAACAUGGCUCGCUUGACAAAGAGAUUAUUCGCGAAUGUUCCCAUCGUAAGAACAUCCGGUCAGUCUUGACCAACGUUUUCCUUCACGCGCCUAGCGUUGAAGUGCAUGUAUCGUCACUACGUAUUUCGCCUUUGGUUUCGUCGGCUUGAACCGCUAUGUGCAUCGAAGCAGAUAUCAUGCAAGGUCGUGUACUUGGGAUUGUUGUUAAAAGUGAAAGUCAAGGGAACAACAUCAGGUCGAGGUCAUGUACCGGAGGGGCAACGAAGCGGGAGCGCGCCCACUAUUGUCGUGCUUGCAGUAAAUUAUGGAUUGCCAAAUGCACAGCGAGCUGAAAGGACAUUUGCUGUUGUGGCGGUGACACCCAAUACAAUCUUGUUU